AUGAGUGACACACGCAAGUCAGCAUCUUUAGAACCAUUUCCACUCCCCGGCCGAUUCUCAUUCUCUCAAUUACUCCUUGUAAUCUCUUAUGUCUUCCUUCAGAGAUGUUUACCCGCAAAGAAUGAUGAUUCCCGCCAACUCCGAGAUAUUAUCCGCCGUGCUGAGGAUGACUGGACGCCACAGAUUGGUCGCGAGGGCUUGAUCGAAAUGAAACGAAAAAGCUGGCAGCAGUGCGAUCAAGAAACACAGCAGGUGUGGACGACUUUACGAGACGAUAUGAUGCGACAGAACAUCUUGAAAUCUUCUUUAUCUGCCGAAAAGUUGCGUCACCGUCUCCGGUGUAUCCUUUGCCGCAUAGAACAAGUAUCUGCACAAGGGCUCAAUGCGCUGUGCACCCCAAAAGAGUGUUUGGAGCGUCCCCGCAUAUCCGUCUACGAGAGCCUUUCUCUAAUUUGCCGAAGUUUGGCGGUGAUGUCAGUCUCGUGGAGCAAUGAUCAAGCUUGGUCGGCUCCAUUUGAUGUUCUAUCACAUACCAUUACUGAAAUAUUGAAUGAUCUACGGAGAUCUCCGCUCUUCUCUGACGGAUUAUCUGGCCCCGAGUUGGAAGCCUCGUUGAAUUCUCUUUCAAUGGCGCUGUACUGCGAGAAUGAGGGAGCAGAUGUGCUUGAGACCCGUCACUCGAAGCCCAAAAUAGAUAUUGGGUCGACAACAUGGGUUCAGGCCUCUUAUAUCCAAAAGAGGAUGCGUUUUAAGUCAAGAUAUUAUAACACCGGGAAGUCGUGGCAUCGAUGGAUUGAGAAAGGCCCAGGAAAUGGCGAGGCAACUUAUCACAAUGCAAGGAAGGAACGAACACGCAGAGUCCGAGAAGAGUUAAACUUGAGUCGUAUUUAG